AUGGCUGAACAGUGCAGUGCGCCUGGCUGCGCAGUGGAGGUGGUGUAUGCUUUUCAAGCCUUCAACUGGUUGGUCCGAGAAGACAUCCUCGUGCUGGAAUGCAGCUCCUCGGCCGAGCCGAAGACGGUCCCAUGGGCUUACACUAUUCCGCACAGGGGCUUGUGCAAACGUCUCUUGCAGGAUAUCUGUGACACGGCCCAGCCAGAGAACACGUCAUGUGCACUCCUUCUUGAUGAAGUUCCGCAGUCAGAAGCUUGCCCGGAACAUGUGGUCGAGCUGUCACGGUGGCUCUUUCGUCUCGUGGGCUGUCGGCGCCUUAUGCGCGUCAACCUGAACAACUUUCAGAGGCGAUACAACUUUCUAGGAACUGCCUCGCUCCGUGGCUUGCCUUCGUAUCCUGUCGAAAUCCUGGAUGGAAAGAUCUUUCUUGCAGGGAAGGUCAAACCGGACAGCAAGGCCCUUAAACAGCUGAACAUAACGAACAUUGCAGGUUUGGGGGUCCAAGAGCACAGCUCAACGUUCAGAAGCUAUGUGGGCUGCCAGUUCUUCCCCGUGAAGAGCACAAAGCAGCUUAAGUUGACCUUAACCGCAGUCUUGCAGUUUAUGCGUCGGUCACUUGAGGAACAUGGGCGGAUUCUGAUACUUGGAGAUCCGGCAGACGCCAGCGCGCGCAACCACGCUACCGCCUGCGUGGUGGCGUUUCUCAUGCAGGAUCACCAGCUUGACUUUGAGGAGGCCGUGAAGAGGAUUCCUCGACAGCUUUGUGGAGUAAGCCUGGACAAUCAAUUCGGCAUUUGUUGGCAGCUGCAGAACAAGUCUUGGAAUUUCGGCAGCAUCCUCUUGGAAGUGUAUGCGUUAUCGGGCCAGCACGUGUGCGCUCUUGAUGUUGAGCCUUUCGUGUCUGUGAGGGACAUUAAGCGUCUGGUAGAAAGAGAGACGGGAGUUUGCCACUUCAUGCAACGUUUGUUGGUCGGGGAGGCUGAACUUGAUCAAGACCAUUGGGAAGUGGUGGCUCGAGACUUUUAUGCAUCUGGCGCAGACACGAAGUACCAGUUGACGUUGCACCUGGUUCGCUGCGAGGGAGAGGUUUGGGACGGGCUUCGAGACUUGUUGGAGACUCUGGUGCAAGAAAACUGGAGAAACCGACCCUUAGACACAGCCUGGUGCGCUACUAAGCUCAACCGCUGCAAAUCGGAACUUCUGGACCAGGGCAAUCAGGCAACUUUUGUUCCGAUACCUGGCAUGUUCGGCGGCAUCGAGGUGGCAUGGGAGAUGGAGGGACAAGGCCGAGAAGUUCUAAACGUGACGGCGUCCAGCAGAAUGGAUUACAACUUCAGGGAAUGCUACAUCGUCUCGUCAGAGGGAUUCAGGAAGGUGAAGACGUCCCGCACUUGA